AUGGGGGCCCAGGCAGCCGCGUUGGGGGCCAAGGCACUUGAGGUGGAGACCCAGGCAGCCGAGGUGGAAGUCCGAGCAGCUGAGGUGGAAGCCCGAGCAGCUAAGGUGGAGACCCAGGCAGCCGAGGUGGAGACCCAGGCAGCCGAGUUGGAGACCCAGGCAGCCGAGGUGGAGACCCAGGCAGCCGAGUUGGAGACCCAGGCAGCCGAGGCAGCUGAGGUGGAGGCCCAGGCAGCUGAGGUGGAGGCCCAGGCAGCUGAGGUGGAGGCCCACGAAGUUGAGGUGGAGGCCCAGGCAACCACAGUGGAAACCCAGGCAGCUGAAAUGGAGGCCCAGGCAGCUGAGAUGGAGGCCCAGGCAGCUGAGAUGGAGGCCCAGGCAGCUGAGGCAGAAACCCAGGCAACUGAGGCGGAGGCCCGAGCAGCUGAGGCAGCUGAGGUGAAGGCCCAGGCAUCUGAGGUGAAGGCCCAGGAAGCUGAGGUGGAGGCCCACGAAGCUGAGGUGGAGGCCCAGGCAACCACAGUGGAAACCCAGGCAGCUGAAAUGGAGGCCCAGGCAGCUGAGGCAGAAACCCGAGCAGCUGAGGUGGUAACCCAGACAACAGGGGGGACCGUGGAGCAGGUGCCGUUCUUUCACGGCCAUGUAUUUGAGAACUCGUCCCCGGGCUGCCGGGUCAACGGACUGAGCGUCCCAUUAAAGCGACUCAACUCGGAAAGGCUGUGCGGUGCCGGGGAACCUAGCUCGGCGGCAGCGCAUCUCAAACUCCUGGGAGAAGGCAGCGAGAAUUUCCGUGUCUUUGCGCACCACAAACGGGGACAUAUUUUACUGAAGACUUCGAGGGUUCUGGACAGAGAGGAGCGUGCCGAAUAUGCGCUAGGUCUCGGUUUGUGUUGUGGUCAAUGCGCGGGACUCUCCCGGGAAGAGGAAGAUGCGUCUCCACUAGUGGCUGAGGUGGCGUCCAUCAAGGUGGACGUUUUGGACACCAACGACCACCAGCCCACUUUCCCCGGAGACGAUGUGAAACUGAGCCUCGAUGAUGCCACUGCGCUCCGCACGGCGAUCUACACGGUCACCGCGCGGGACGAUGACAGCGGCAAGAACGCGGAGCUCAUCUACUUUGCUCUGCCCAGAAACGGGAGUUUCUACGUGGUGCCCAAAACUGGUGACAUCCUCCUUGUCGACUCCAUCCUCGGCCUGGAUGAACCUAUUAAAUUUGAAGUGUUUGCCCGGGACCGGGGGUGGCCACCUCGCACAAGUCAGGGCAUAGCAGUGGAAAUAAAUCCACGGCAGUGGCCCGUGGCGCCCUCACUGAAUCCCCAACCGGGGAAAGGGAAACCGAAAUCGCAAGAGAAAGUACCAGCGAGAAAGUCCAGGUCAGUACUGGAAUCAGACAGCCCAGUUUUAAUCAACGUGUCCGAGGAUGCAGGGAUCGGUUCAGUGGUGAUGAACCUGAACCCGGUGAGGUUUCAGUCGGCCACGUUUGAGCUGGUUGAGCCCGACGUAGAGAGCUCACCGGUCAGCGUAAGCCGGGACACCGGGGACAUAAUCAUAACUCGGAAACUGGACCGAGAGACUGAGCCUCUAGUGGAGAUCACCGUCAGAGUGCAGGAUAAAAGAGGUCCAGAGUGGUACUUGGUCAGAGUGGAGUUAACAGUGACGGAUGUAAAUGACAACAUCCCAGAAUGGAGCAUGGUUCCUGCUCCCUACCUUGCUGUGGUUUCCCCUGAUGCCUCUGCAGGUUCACUGGUCUACAAGCUCUUUGCUGAGGAUGGAGACGAAGGCAACAAUGGUGAAGUGGAGUACUUUUUGUCCGACGGUGGUGAUGGUCGUUUUGAAGUGGACAGAAAGACUGGCCAGGUACGAACUACGGGCCUUCCCCUGCAGCGGGACAGGGAAUACCUGCUGACAGUGGUGGCUGCUGACCGGCUGGGCAGCCGCAGUGCUCCUGCUGUCGUCUCUGUGGUUGCUGGACCCCGGCCACCACAGUUUACCAAUGCCUCCUUCACUAUUGCAAUACCAGAAAACACUCCUGAAGGACAACCCUUCUUGGCAACACCUGCUGUGUCCUUCCAGAAGAAACCAAUCAGCUACAGUCUGCUUAUCAAUCCCAGUAGUCUCUUCUCCAUCUCAGCAGAGACUGGUGAAAUCAGCCUGACGCGCCCUAUUGACUACGAGAGCGACCAACAUCGCUACUUGCUAUUGGUGCGAGCCAGUGAGGGGAUGGAGAGCAUGAGCAGUGCAGCCGAGGUACGGGUAGUUAUUACUGACGAAAACGACUGCGUUCCUGAGUUCCUCCAGUCAAUUUACAGCAAGGAUGGUGUACCAGAGACUGUGACAACAGCAACCUCCCUGCUGCAAGUUUCGGCCAAUGACUGUGACUCGGAAGAGAAUGCAGAGCUGACCUAUUACACCCUGAGUCCAGACUUCACUAUUUCCCCUCACGGAACAAUCUUCCCCGCGGGACCUUUGGACUAUGAGAGACCUAAUCAUCUGUAUGAGUUUGUAGUCAUGGCCAUUGACAAGGGGGAGGUUCCUCGUACGGGCACGACUACGGUACGGAUUAGGAUGGCAAACGUCAACGAUGAGGCACCUGAGUUCUCCCAACACAUAUAUCGGACAUUUGUCUCAGAGGACGCAGGCCCCAACACAUUGGUUGCUACGGUGCUGGCAAAGGACCCCGAUGGUGAUGGGAUCACGUAUAAGAUCACCACAGGAAAUGAGGAGGGCAACUUUGUCAUUGACAACCAAAAAGGCUUGAUCCGGCUGCGCUCCAGCCCACCACCUCGCCUCCAGGGUGUUGAAUAUGUCCUCAAUGUUACAGCCACGGAUGACAAUGCCUCAGGCGGACCUCAGGCCUUGUCAUCCACGGCUCAGGUCAUAGUUGGAGUGGACGACGUGAAUAAUAACAAGCCUGUCUUUGAGAAGUGUCAGCAGUACCGUGAGAGCACAUCCGUCCUGGAGAACCAGCCAGCGGGGACAUUUGUUCUGCAGGUUCAUGCUGUGGAUGCUGACGAAGGCUCCAAUGGCAGGGUCACAUAUGGCUUCAUGCACAAAGACUCUACUGUGCCUGCUUUUAGUAUACACCCAGAAACCGGAGUAAUUGUGACGGCCAGGAAAUUUGACCGCGAACGGCAAAGGGAGUACGCAGUGACAGUGACUGCCACUGACCAGGCAGCUGACCCACUGAUUGGCAUUUGUCAGCUGAACAUUCUCAUUCUGGACCAGAAUGACAACAGUCCCAAGUUUGAGAACAUCAGAUACGAGUACUUCCUCCGUGAGGAUACUAUGAUUGGAACUAGUUUCUUACGGGUGGCGGCUCAUGACGAUGACUUUGGGACCAAUGCAGCCAUCACAUACUCCAUGUCUAAUGAGCAGCCAGAGUACCUAAGGGUCAACCCACUGACAGGCUGGGUGUACGUUAACCAGCCCAUCUCGCAGAGGACCUACAUCACCAGAGACAUUGUGGCUACAGAUGGGGGAAACAGGAGCAGUUCAGUGGAGCUGGCUGUUACCAUCACCAAUGUGAAGAACCAGCCUCCACAGUGGGAAAAAGACAACUACAAUGUAGUCAUACCAGAAAACACCGUCCGGGACACACCCAUCGUGACCAUCAAAGCCACUUCACCUCUUGGAGAUCCCAGAGUAACUUAUAAUUUGGAGGAUGGCAUGGUCCCAGAGACCAACAUGCCAGUUCGUUUUUACUUGACCCCCAACCGAGAGGAUGGUUCGGCAUCUAUCCUGGUGGCAGAGCCCCUGGACUAUGAGACCACCAAGAACUUCAUGCUGAGGGUUCGAGCUCAGAAUGUUGCUGCUGUACCACUAGCUGCCUUCACGACAGUCUAUGUCAAUGUCACUGAUGUAAAUGACAACGUCCCUUUUUUUACUUCAUCCAUCUAUGAGGCCUCGGUCACUGAAGGAGCAGAGUCGGGAGCUUUGGUUUUCCAGGUUUCAGCUAAUGACCUAGAUUUGGGCCCCAAUGGCAAGAUCUCUUACUCCCUGCUGGAGGAUCGCAGUGGAGACCAUCAGUAUUUCCGUAUCGACCCAGAGCUGGGGUUCAUCUACACUCAGGCUGUAUUUGACCGUGAGACCAAAAGCUCCUACCUGUUGGAGGUUCAGUCUGUAGAUGGAUGGGAGUCAGCGCGGCCCGGCAAGCAUGGGCAGCCCAACUCUGACACAGCAUACGUACGCAUUUUUAUUAGCGACGUCAACGAUAACAAGCCGGAGUUUGCACAGGCGUCCUAUGAAGUCGAUGUGGAUGAGGACGCUGAUGUGGGCUUUGCCAUUCUCACAGUCAGCGCCAACGACGGGGAUGAAGGUGGAAACGCUAAGCUGCGGUACCAGAUCACAUCAGGAAACACAGGGGGAGUGUUUGAUGUGGAACCAGAGGUGGGCACUAUCUUUAUUGCCCAGCCUCUGGACUACGAACAGAACAAAAGGUACAAGCUUCAUCUUCUGGCUUCAGAUGGGAAGUGGGAAGAUUACACGACUGUGGCAGUAAACGUGGUCAACAAGAAUGACGAGGCUCCGGUGUUUACUGUUAACGAGUACUACGGCAGCGUAACAGAGGAGCUGGAUGGUUCUCCGGUGUUUGUGUUGCAGGUAACAGCAACUGACCCAGAUAAGGACGCUGACCAGGAGGCCCUGCGUUACUCUCUCCACGGCCAAGGUGCAGACAGUGAAUUCAUAAUCGAUGAGGUCACAGGGAAGAUCUAUGCCCAGCGGACGCUUGACCGCGAGGAGCGCGCUGUCUGGCGUUUCGUUGUCCUGGCCACAGAUGAGGGCGGCGAAGGUCUGACGGGUUUCACAGAUGUCAUCAUCAAUGUAUGGGACAUAAAUGACAACGCGCCCAUCUUCACUUGCGCUCCCAGCUGUCACGGAGAAGUAGCAGAGAACUCAGCAGCAGGGACAUCGGUGAUGGAAAUGACGGCGACCGACCUGGAUGACUCAGCUGUGGGGCAGAACGCUGUGCUCUCUUACAGGAUUGUGGGUAGUUUAGAUGCCACUAAUGUGGAGUUGGGCGGAGUCCCCACCUUCUCAGAAAUGUUUACCAUCAAUCCCACCACAGGCACCAUCACUGUAGGCAUCGGCGGGCUAGACCGGGAACAAGUUGAGUCCUACCUCCUGGUGGUGGAAGCCAGGGAUGGGGGAGGGAUGGCAGGAACGGGAACUGCAACUAUUCUGAUCAAAGAUGUGAAUGACCACGCUCCAAGAUUCACUGAUCACUCCUGCCUGGCAAGGAUUUCUGAGAACGCAGAGCCCAAUGCAGAGGUCUUGGAUCUUGCAGCAGAGGACAGGGACAUUGGUGAAAACGCCCAGCUGACCUUUAGUGUUGUGUCUGGAGACCAAGAGCAGAAGUUCUAUAUGGUCAGUCACAAGCAGGAGCAGCGCGGCACCUUGCGGCUUAAGAAACGUCUGGACUACGAACGGCACAGCGAGCAGAGGUUCAACCUCACACUGAAGGUUGAAGACCUGGACUUCUCCAGCCUUCUGCACUGUGUGGUGGAGGUGGAGGACUAUAACGAUCACGCUCCUGUCUUCAUUCCACACUUCAUGUCACUUGCUCCACUACCUGAGGACAUUGUUGUGGGAACCAGCGUGGCCCAUUUGGUAGCCAGCGACUCUGAUUCAGGCCAGAACCGUGACAUCACCUAUAGCUUAUCAGAGGACUCAGAUCCUGAGGGUCUGUUCACCAUUGAUCAGUCCGGUCUACUGUCAGUGGCCCGGCCUCUGGAUCGGGAAAGGAUAGCCCAGCAUCACUUAGUUGUCAUUGCGACUGAUCACGGUGUUCCAGCUCUGACAGGCAGUGCCACAGUUCAGCUGCCUCUGUUGGAUGUGAAUGAUAACGGACCAGAGUUUGAAGCAGCGUACUCUCCAAUAGUCUUUGAGAAUGUGGCUGGACCGCAGGUAGUAAGGUUGAACCAAACGUCGACCCUCCUUCAAGCUGUGGAUCACGACUCUCCUGAGAAUGGCCCUCCUUUCCACUUUGCCGUCCCUCCUGAAUAUCGCUACAGCAACGAUUUCUACCUUCAGGACAAUCUCAACGGCACAGCGACACUAACAGCUUUGAGGACGUUUGACCGCGAGCGCCAAAAAGAGUUUCUCAUUCCUAUUAUUAUGAGUGACAGUGGAAGUCCAGCCAAGACAGUGACCAGCACCCUGACUGUGACCAUCGGUGACCAAAAUGAUCACGCACACGUGGCAGGGGAGAAGAAAAUUUUCAUUAAUAGUCACAGGGGCCGUAUGCCAACUACAGUGCUCGGAAAGGUCUACUCUCCUGACCCAGAUGAUUGGGACAACAAGACGUAUGUCUUUGAAGGACAUGUGCCAAGUUAUUUUAUUCUGAACAAGCGAACUGGUUUCCUGAUCAUCAAAGAGAACGCCCCACCGGGCACCUACCAGUUCCUGGUUCGUGUGUCAGAUGGAAUUUGGCCAGAUGCUGUCUCCACUGUUACAGUACACGUGAGGGAACUCCGAGAUGACGCCAUCUACAACUCGGGGUCACUUCGCCUGGCAGACAUCACAGCGAAGGAGUUCAUUGAACUGAGGGGGAAGCAGCGGAGCCGCUACGAGCUGCUGGUGGACUUCCUGUCUGAGAUGCUCUCGGUCCCACCUGAUGAUGUCAACAUCUUUAGCCUCAUGGACGUGAAGGAGCGAAUGCUGGAUGUUCGCUUUGCUGUGCAUAGUGGCCCAUCUUUCCUUCAGCCCGAGAAAAUGCAUGGUUAUCUGGCCGCUCACAAGCAAAAGCUCCAGUCUUUCCUGCAGGUCAGCGUGUUCCAGGUCCGGGUGGAUGAGUGUCCCAGCUCCGAGUGUGGCGGGACAGGUGGCUGCUCCAACACUUUGAAUGUGCGGGACACGCCCACUGUGGUGGAUUGUGGGACUAUGAGUCUUGUGUCUGUGACAGUUGAAUCCACAGCGGUGUGCUCCUGCCCAGGCAGAGAACAGUCCCAUCAGCCCUGUGCCACAUAUCCCAGAAACCCCUGCUACAACGGUGGAGUGUGCGUGGACACUCAGCAUGGCUACAGGUGCCAAUGCCCAGCUCAGUUCGAGGGGCCUGAAUGCCAGCAGAACAAGCACAGUUUCCAUGGCAACGGCUAUGCCUGGUUUCCUCCCAUGAUGCCCUGUUUCGAGAGCCAUGUGUCGCUGGAGUUCAUCACGGACGUGGCUGAUGGCCUGCUGUUGUACAGCGGCCCCUUAGCGCAGCUGCAAGCCUGGGACCACGAGGACUUCAUGGCUAUAGAGCUAAUAGAUGGGACCCCCACCUUGAAAAUCAACCAUGGCUCGGGCACAGUGGUGCUACAGUUGCCAGGCAACGUGAACGUGGCAGACAGGCGGUGGCAUCGGCUGGAUGUCCGCAGCAACAGCAAGGAAGUACGUUUCACCCUGGAUCGAUGUUCAGGGGCAGCGGUGAAGGAACUGGUGGGUAGCUGGUUGACCUCUCAAGACCACUCUUCCUGUGAAGUGAUGGGUGUUACGCCUAACACCGACAGACACCUGAACAUGAGUCAGGUGCUUCAGCUCGGCGGUGUGAACGAGGACAUCCCAUACAUCUACCCCCAGCUUCAGCACAAACACUUCACCGGCUGCGUCCGUAACCUCAUCGUGGACAGCAAGCUGUAUGAUUUGGGCUCCCCGGCCGACUCGCAGUCCAGCUCUCCAGGCUGCCUGACCACAGAUAGCAGCUGUGUCAACAUGGGCUAUCCAUCCUGUGGCCACCGGGGUCGCUGUCACGGUGAGUGGGGCUCCUUCAGCUGCCAGUGUAUACCCGGAUACACAGGACACCAGUGUGAAGAAGAGGUCCCAGAGUACUCCUUUGAUGGCCACAGUCACGUGCGUUACCAGUUGGCGUCCCCGCUGCCUGCCCGGAGGACAUGGAUCCAAGUCCUGGUUCGAACCCGUAAACACAGCAGUGUCCUUUUCAGUCUGAUCUCAAAGGAGCAAAGUGAAUACUUACGACUGGAGAUCUUUCAGGGCCUUCUAUGUGUUUUCUACAACCUUGGGGACGGGGACUACAACCUAACCCUGCCCACUUAUCGACUCGACAACGGUGAAUGGCACGAGGUCUUCUUAGAUCGGCAUGACAAUGAGAUGACACUACGAAUGGAUGGUGGCGGAGGACAGCGUGAGGUUUCAGGACUGCAGGGCCGGAGCCGAGAAAUCAUCAUUGACCCCACUGUGGUGAUGCUGGGAAACGCUUUCUCUUCUGGCAUCAACAAGAGCUUCCAGGGCUGUAUGAGGGAUCUACGCCUCAAUGGUCGUUACAUGCCGCUGGACAGCCAGCCACGAGAUGGGGUUUCCCAGGUCAGCGUACAAGGCCUGUCUGUUGGGUGCUCAUCUGACUCCUGCAAAAGGAACCAAUGUAGCCCCCCUUUUACCUGCGUUGACUUGUGGAGAGUGCACGAAUGCAGAUGUCCUCCUGGUCACAUGAUCAGUGUAAACGGGACCAAAAAGUCUUGCAUGUACACCCUUUGUGCUAUGCGGCCCUGUCACCGCGGGACCUGCGUGGCCCAGUCGCCCUCCAAAUUCACCUGCCACUGCCCGGAGGGUUACAGAGGACACCGCUGUGAGACGACACUGGCCAUAUACAGGGAAGACGUGGGCCUCAGCUUCAGCUCCCUCUUUGCCAUCUGUAUCUGCUUCAUGGCCUUACUGGUGCUGCUACUGGGCAUUUUCCUCUACACUCGCUGGAGGUCCUACAAAGGGCUGAAAGAGGGCGUUUACCACGUCUCGGCGCAUCACGAUGGCUGGGAGGACAUCCGGGAGAACGUCCUCAACUACGAUGAAGAGGGCGGUGGGGAGGAGGACCAGAAUGCCUACGACAUGGCAGAGCUGCAGAAGUCCCUCCAGCCGAGCCCGGCCCAGUCAGUGCAGUACUGCCGCUCUAGAGCCUUGCACCACCCUCCUCCUCCCCACCAUCAUCACCAUCACCUCCUCCACCAGGCGCCCCCCGUCCCACCCUCUUCCCAGCCGCUGGACCCCCUCAGCCGGACAACCAGCUCCACAACUUUGCCUCCCUCUGCAGCUUCCACUUCCUCCACGGCCACCACAACGACCAGUCUCCGCAGGGACGUCCCCCCCACCAGGCUGCCGGCCCAGGGCCAGGCCCGUCCCUCGCAGCUGGCCCGUCGUUCCCUGUCCUUCUCCAGCCAGGACCUGGCCCGCUACCUGUGCGAGAUCAUCCGCGAUGCUGACCAGCAUCCAGACACAGGACCUUUUGACUCCCUGCAGGUCUUCUCCACCGAGGGUGGGGGCUCGCCUGCCGGCUCCCUCAGCUCCUUCAGUUCAGCGGGGCUGGAUGGAGGCAGCAGCGGAGAAGGGGGAGCGGAGGCGAGGAGGGAGGAGACGCUCGGGGAGUGGGGGCCUCGCUUUGAGAAGCUUCGGGCGCUGUACGAGCGAGCCGAGGCCAGCGACCUCUGAGCUCCAACACAAACUGAUUGGACCCCGAUAACGGGCCGCCCAAAACAAUCAAUUAGCAGACGCUUGGCGGCGACAGAGGCUGGAAAAGCGAGAGACUGGCCGACAGAGAGAGAGUCGCUCCACGCGUAGCACUUUGCUGACAGCUGACAUGAACUGUGUUGUAUUUACUGGAUGAUGAGACCCGCCAAUCAAAGCGGGGGCCUAAGAGACAGAUGAAAGUGUCCCCAUGAAAAGAGCCUGUCGCUCUGCACUCACUCUACCUUGGACGGCAAUUUUGCAGGAGCAGACGUUAUCAAACCUACAAGUCAGGUUAAAUGCUUCAGAACGUCAGCCUGCACUCGGGCUACUCAUCAUGAUGGAGCUUAGCUUCACUGUCGGAAAAAUCUGUUCCAGUCACAGACACUAAAAUCCCAAAUUUCCUCGUGUGUGGAUGAGCUGCCAGCUGAAGGCAGAAAAUAUGAAAAUGUUUUGGCCAGGAUUUUUUUAAUACAUAUAUAUGUAUACCUGAGCAAAUCAAUGCCACUAAAUGUAUUUUUAGCACCUUGCUGCUCUGUAAAUAAAUGUCAUAUAUUUCACACGGUACUGUUACACGAAGCCAGUGAAGAUGAGGUGGAUCAUACUGAGUAGCCCAUCCAAUGCAGAGUUUCACUGUAGUGGACACACCGUGUUCUCGCUGCCUGGCUGUAAACAGCUUCUGUCAAUGUUUGUAUGAGAAAAAAACAAAAAGAAGUGCUUCGACCAUCACUGGUUUCCAGGGUGAGAUUUUUUUUUUUUUCUGGUAAUGUGUCUUUUGCUAGGUUGAGUAAUUCUGUAUUGGUUGGGUGUUUCAAGUUUCAACGCUCCAUGGGUUGUAAGACAUCAAGCUUUCUACUUAGUACCGUGCCCGCGUCUUCAUUUGAUUUCCUAUUCUCAUUUGCGCUCCGCCGCUGCUCGUUCCUCCUCACCCGGGGGAGGGUGCACAAAAAUUCAAACAUCUUUGUAACAAAGAAAUGCGAGUGGACGUGUGGACUGCGGGAGGGAGGAAAUGCUCGCUCUGUUGCUCUGUUCCGUGCACGCUGUUCCUCUGGCAUACCAAAUGUGGCGGCUGUGAGAGACUAUUUUAACAGAUGCUCGGCAGAAUACAAAGUACACCGAGCUGCCUUUCAAGGUGACUACUCAAUAAACAUAAAUGGAGGGAAGAGGGUAAGAGACAUUUAUAAGGAUUAUAUAUAUAUAUAUAUAUAAAUAUAUAUAUGCUUGUGAGCCGUGAUAGCUGUGCCAUAUGCAGUUCACGCAUCCAUCUACUGUGUCUUGCUAAAUUAGCACAUUUCUUGGCUGAAACAUUAGGAGGAUUGUGGGUUAGAGAACUGCAGGAACAUGUCAUUGUGCUUUUGGUUUUUUUAAUGUCAAAACUGUGAAUUGUCCCUCCAGCUUCUCUCUCUCUCGCUCUCUGAGCUCUGCAAAAAACAAAACUUCCUGCGCUUUGAACCGUUGAGAACACUUUGUCUUAAAAGAACAAAAAGGCAAAUAACAAUAAUAACGCAGCAAAUGGGAGUCUAAAAAGGGCACACUUCCCUUCACAUUUUUAAAACAAGAGAGAGGAUUGCAGGGUAGGGGGCUGAAUCAGAGAGGAAAUGAGGGAAGGGAGGGAAGCGGAGGGAGCCCGGCCCUGUGGUGAAAUGUCUCACCAGUGCACCACGGAGCACAGCGGCCCUGCGGGGGAGCUGCCGAGGGAAGGGAUGCUGCAAGCAACAGUUUUCUGCAUAACAGUUUGCUGCACUGCAAAUGGGAUGAACUUAAAAAGUCGUGUGCCUCCACCCACAUGACCCCUAACCCCCCUCUUUCCUACGAUUCUCCCCAAAAAUCCAGCAUGGCUUCUUCUGGCGUUUCAGCCGCUGGAUUCUGCUGGAAGCAGCAGCAUCAGCCGCGCUCCCUUCAUGCCUUUUUUCCCUUCUAUUUGUCUUCACACUGGCAGAGCUGAGCCUGUCGGCAGAGAGCAGUCAAAGGGUAGUAGAGUGUGAAAACAUGUCAGGCCACUAAUCCUAAUAGGAGCUGAUGGCCCGCUGUCAUGCUGGAAAAACCAAAGGAAUGUGAGGAGUUUCCAAAAAAUAAAAAAAAAAGUCGACAGAGGAGUCGAUCCCCAGAUUGCGGCUUCUUUUUCAGACAGACUCUUUCCGAGCAGCGGAGGCAACAAUGCAGCUUUUAUAAAUAAGAGCAUUUCCAGUCAAUGAUGCCUAAAAGUAAAAGAGAGGCUUAUUUUUCAGGCAGUGGGGAGUUCCUCGAGAGUGAUCCUUGUAUGUUGCUCUGUGGUGAGCGUCCAAGCCCCACACAGACAGACACGCACAGAGGGAUGAAAACACUUCAUGCUUCACUACAGCUGUAAGGAGCGGAGAUUCACUUCCCACCAUUCAUUUGUAGCAUACGACGGCUUCUUCAGUGUUGUGUUCUGGGUGCAGACAUGUUGUGAACAAUGUUUUUACCUCAUUUGUAAGUACACAGAUCGAUACAUUCAAAUUAUUGCUUUUUUUGCCAUGAAGAGCAGCAUAGAUUUAAAAUGUGCCGCUUUGGAGAGAAAAAAGAAAUCAAACGAAGAUAUUUUUUAUCAACAUGAUGGUGAUGAGCUUUUGACGGUUAUAUAAGUGUUUUGUAUUUGCUUUGAUCUUUUUUUUCCUCCCCUCAAUAAAUUCAUUUGCACCAGUGAC